ACCAAUCCACACACAGCCCUAUCGAAGCACUCGGUUCCUCCACCGAGAUAGGGAGGGAAGAAACGACAGAAAAAGGGAACCAUGACUCUAAGCAUCUGAAGAACGAAUAAAACACGGAGAACAAAACACCUCGUGGAUGCUGUAUGUGGUUAUCGUUUGAUAUUUUCGCGAGGAAGAGUGGAAUAAUACGCUGUGGACAGUGGCGGAAUGGAUAUGGCGAUGGGCCGAACGUAUUGAAUAAAGGAAAGCCACAAGGAAACGUUGGACUACAUCGAACCAUUCCUCGUUUGCACGGGCUUGUUUAAUGGCUUCAUUUCUCGCCGCCACCGAUCCUUGCCUUUUCUGUUCCACCGCUGAUAUUAAACACACUGAGGUCGAAUCGCGGUGGCUCGCGUGAGCCUAUAUAUGCCAAACACUCGGACGACCAUUAGGGGCUGUUCAGACAGAACGCGUCUAUGCGCUAAACGACGUAUAGAACAGAACGCAGUUGCCUCGAGACGCGUUUUUAAAAGUUGACGUUCUUGUUUGAGACGAGGCGCUCCUGCGCGAGACGGUCAAAGACGUCCGUCUAGCGCAUGUUUACGUAGGAAAACAAUCGAAAAACAGCGCAGACGGACGACGGAUCGUGUUUGGUGUGAACGGCCCCUUAUUCGUCCUCGAAAUCAGAAGACAUCCACCUGAUCUGAUCCAACGCCGUCGACUUUCCCUUAGCUUCAACAUGGAUUUUAACGGCAGCGGCGGGGGAAAUGAGCUGCACAACAAUCAGUUUUAUCCGUCCGAAGAGAGUAAGCCGCUGCUUGGAGAAAUGUCCGCGCAGCAGCCGCCGCUGGAGGGGAAUAAUAAUCACAAAGCGGGGCCCUGCAGCAAGAGAACCCUUCUUCACAACAGCAGCAGCAGCAGCAGCAACAACAACAACAGCAGCGGCAUGAGAUACAAACUGCUCCAGGAGGGAGACAUCCAGGUGUGCGUGGUCAAGCAUCCGCGGACCUUCCUAAGUAAGAUCCUCACCUCGAAAUUUUUACGGAGGUGGGAGCCGCAUCACCUCACCUUGACGGACAGCAGUCUAGUGUCUGCCACGCCCACUGGAUACAUGGACGCCCCAUUGUCUUACAGCACUAUAGAGGACCUGCAGCUGUUAUCCUGGGACAAUGCCCCUAAAUACUGUGUCCAGCUAAGCUUUCCUGGAGGGACGGUCCUCCUGCAGGCUGCUAACAGCUAUCUGCGGGACCAGUGGUUUCACUCUAUACAGUGGAAGAAAAAGACUUACAAGUACCGCAAGGUUCUGAAUAACCCGAGCCGCUGGGAGGUGGUAUUAAAGGAGAUCAAAGCUCUAGUGGAUAUGGCCUUGACAUCACCUCUGCAGGACGAGUCCAUCCAUCAGGCCCCACUGCAUAUCAUCUCCACCCUGCUCGCUGAGAACACCAACCUCAGCGCUCAGGACCAUGAGAAUAUUAUAGUGGCCAUCGCACCCUUGCUGGAGAAUAACCACCCUCCACCUGACCUGUGUGAAUUCUUCUGCAAGCACUGUAGGGAGCGUCCUCGGUCGAUGGUGGUGAUUGAAGUGUUCACUCCUGUGGUUCAGAGGAUCCUCAAACAUAACAUGGACUUUGGGAAAUGCCCCAGACUCCGUCUCUUUACUCAGGAGUAUAUUCUGGCACUGAAUGAACUCAACGCUGGCAUGGAAGUGGUCAAGAAGUUUAUUCACAGCAUGCAUGGUCCCACAGGACAGUGCCCUCAUCCUCGGGUGCUCCCCAAUCUCGUGGCUGUGUGCCUGGCUGCCAUCUACUCUUGCUAUGAAGAGUUCAUCAACAGUCGGGACAACUCUCCCAGUCUCAAGGAGAUCCGAAAUGGUUGUCAACAGCAGAGCGAGAGGAAGCCGCCCAUGCCCUUGCGUUUGUUGCGGCCCGAGCCGCCUACGCCACCCCCGACCACCACCCUGUCCCCUCCCCCAGCCCUGCCCCUCUCACCGCCACCUUCCAUCGUCAACUCCAGUGAGAUCCUGGUGGAACUGGAGCGGAACAACAACACCGCUAACGCACUUCGUAAGGCCCCAGCAGAGGGUGACAGUGAGCCCAACCUUAUCGACUGUCUACUGGUUAGCCCCGCGCUCAACGCCCUAUCCAUUCAGCUGCCUGCCCACGCCGACAGAGUGCUGGGCUGUUUUGCUCUAAUCCUCAAGAUGCUAUCAGACUAUGAUGACUGGAGACCAGCACUGGCCAGCCUGCUUCAACCCAUCCCCUUCCCAAAAGAGGCCCUUGCACAUGCCAAAUUCACAAAAGAACUCAAAUAUGUCAUUCAGAGGUUUGCAGAGGACCCCAGACAAGAGGUCCACUCCUGUUUGCUCAGCGUACGUUCUGGAAAAGACGGGUGGUUCCAGCUCUACAGUCCAGGAGGCGUAGCUUGCGACGAUGACGGAGAGCUGUUUGCUAGCAUGGUCCACAUCCUCAUGGGCUCCUGCUACAAGACGAAGAAAUUUCUUCUGUCCCUGGCCGAAAAUAAACUGGGACCCUGCAUGCUUUUGGCCCUGAGGGGGAACCAGACAAUGGUGGAGAUCCUGUGCUUGAUGCUGGAAUACAACAUCAUAGAGAACAAGGACACACAGCUACAGAUCAUCUCUACUCUGGAGAGCACCCAGGUGGGCUUGCGCAUGUACGAGCAGCUGUGCGACAGACAGAGGGAGCUUAAAGAACUGCAAAGAAAAGGAGGACCAACUCGACUCACUCUGCCCUCAAAAUCUACGGAUGCUGACCUGGCUCGUCUGCUGAGCUCAGGAUCCUUCGGCAACCUAGAGAACCUCAGCUUGGCGUUCACCAACGUCACCAGUGCCUGCGCCGAACAGCUCAUCAAGCUGCCAUCCCUCAAACAGCUCAACCUGUGGUCCACCCAGUUUGGAGACGCUGGACUGCGCUUGCUGUCGGAGCACCUGGCCUGUCUGCAGGUUCUGAACUUGUGUGAGACUCCAGUCACGGAUGCAGGCCUGCUCUCCCUCAGCUCUAUGAAAAGCCUGUGUAGCCUGAAUAUGAACAGUACUAAACUCACCGCAGACACCUAUGAGGACCUGAAGGCUAAACUACCCAACCUGAAGGAAGUGGACGUUCGCUACACAGAGGCAUGGUGAACUUGUUCAACAUCAUAAUUCUAGCGGAGAUUUCUAAACGCAGAAAAUCGCAGACCCAUCAUCAGAACACAGCAUAAUCACAAACAUGGAGAAACGAGGACUGCAUUUAUAGGAACAUCAUUCAAACACAAGGACCUCACCUCCUCAUAAUAUCAGAAACGUGUGUCAUCCAAAUAUAAAGUCGCUCUUGUAGUGGCAUCAAAUGCAAGAAUAUGUCUUGUGUGACAUCAUCAGCACAGGAGCCUUGUUUCUAAUGACAUAAUGAAGGGGACUUUUUCGUUUUCAACUGUUUGUUUGUUCUUGCCUUUAAUCUCGGACCCCUCGAAGGAACAGUCUCCCUUGUUAUUACCUGUGUGUCAGUCGUAUCUGGCUUUCCUUAAAUCAAUGUCCCUUAAAAGGAAGGAAGGAUUUCAUCCCUUUGUCCUUUUUUCCCAGAAGUCAACUUUGGUUUGUCCUUCUCCUUGAACUAUCUGGAGCCAUUUCCCCUGUGGUACCAGCGUCUGGUGAAGGCCUGAAUAUUCAGAGCCACAUUCCAGUACAGUUUUGAGAUCACCUCCUGUGUGGAAAGCCAAGAUUUCUUGUCCUUGUUACGUGUUCUUGGUCCUUUCAGUUCAGUCAUUUUGCUUCCUCACAGAAAUUUCUGGUGUAAAUGUUUCUAAAAAUGCUCACUUGACCCAUUCAUCUCUAUUUCUGUCACUCUGAAAAUAAUUUUUAACAACUUAAAUCUUGAAGCAUAUUUUCCAUACACUGCUUUCAUAUGUGUUUGUAAAGGAAAAAAAAAAACUCUCCCCUUUUGACAUUUUUAAAGCAGACAUUUCAGGGGUUUGCUCUACAGCAAAACAGAAAAACUAAUAUUUGUGUUUGUCUUUUUCUUUUUUUCUCUUUUUUUUUUUUUUUCAGCCACAUUGUACAGUGUAAUUUUGAUUUUACACCCAUAUUUAAGAGCACGGUUGUUCAGGAAGUAGUCUGGGACUACUUUGUAUUUAUGAGCCCCAUUUAUUCGGUUUCUCUGGUCUUUUGUUUUUUUUUUUUCUUCUUCUUCUUUAUCAAGUACUUUUGUCAAACAAACUAAACCAAAAUGGUGCCUAAAAACAUUUUCUGUAAGAUUGCAUCACCUAGCAACUCUGAGGAAAGUCAGCAUAGUUGUACAUAGAUAUACAUUUUGACUUUUAAACCGAUGAAUAGGCUUUAAUAUUCUCUGUAAACUUGCUGUGGUUGCCUCUAGUUGUCAAUAGGAGCCAACCAUGAGUGUCCUGCCAUAACAGUUAAGAAAAUGUUCCGUAUAUUUAUAUAAAAUUAACUAUCAAGCCAAGAUUUCUGCUAUGUUCUUUAUGGCUUAUGCAGUUUAACAUUUUUUUAUAUUUUGUUUUCUCGCUUUUGUGAUAAUGUCUCUCCGAAAACAUAUAGUUUUUCAUCGCUUAAAUAAGUUACAGUCAGUGUCUUGACUAGUAGAGAACUAUUACAAAAGAGGCAGAUCUUGCAAGUGAUGACUUGUAGAAAAAAUAUCUCAUAUCUCAUGAAAAACAGUGAGAAAUAAAACAGUCAAUCUAAGUUACAAUCAUAACUUAAAUUAAGUGUUUUUCUUUAGAAAUUCUUAUUCUGAUCCAUGUUUACAAAGGAGGGUCUGUUUUGACUCUCAUUUAAAACUAGAGAAAGAUGGACUGUGUUCCGAGUUGCUGCCCCGUCCGUGUGGCCAAUCUUAAACUAGGUAGUUUUUGAUUGGUCCAACUUGUGUGUGCUUUAAAUUUCACACAGAAAUAGACGUCGUCCAGGGGGAGUUCAGUACUGGGUGCCAUAAAUGGCAUUGGCACCAACUUGCGUUCUGCCAUCUUUAGUCUGAACCUUGUGUAGUUGCAUACUGUAUAAUGUACAUAUGAGUAUAUAAUUUCCCUCCACUCUCUGUUUGAUAUUUCUGUUUCUCUUUCUCUCAUGUUUUUGGGAGACAUUUGUUGCCUUCAUUUUUUAGAUGAGUGCAUAUGGUCGCCUAUUUUGGUUCACUCCCUCCCACAGGCCAAGUGCACUGUCACUGUGUUCAGUGGUUGUUUCUUUUAAUUAUUUUUAUUGUCUGACAUUUUGAGAAGGUCAGUCCAUUUUUGUUGUCUUUUUUUUUUUUUUUUUUUUGCAUGUUUCAUCUGCAGAUGUUGCAUUUUGUAAUUUUAUCAUGGAGAUUUAAAUAUAAAGGGUAAAAUCACUAGUUCUAAAACCAGCCCUACACUUAACCUCCUUUAACCACUUACCAUGUGGAUCAGUACAUGUUUCUAAAUGUGAGAGAUGGACAGAAUUCAUGCACGUAUGUUCUGCAUUUGUGAGUGGAAUGGAAACUGCCAUUUUGUACGCUAGUGAAAGUCAUACUUGUUUAAUGGUCUUCAGUCGCUGCUUAUAACAGCAGACCAUUUUUCUCUGUGGGAGAAGGAAUUUUGCCUAAAAGAUAUAAAAAUGCAAUUUUUUUGUCUUGAUUCAAGAACACCGAGACAAUGGCGAAUCUAUUAAAGUGGAAAUCGAGUUAUUACUUCAGUAACUUGGGAAACUGUUUCCUCCACACCUCUGAUUAAUUUGUUAUUAUGGAGUUCACUGUGCUAUUUCUGUUUCCAAUGUCUUCUUACCUACAUAUUUUAAUGUCUCUUUUUCAGCUUCUUUUUGAUUUUCCAUUUUUUGAAAGUGCUUUCCGCAAUGUCAAAUUAAGACUGAGUCUUAAUAUGAUUUGGGUGGGGUUCCAACAGCCCCUGUGGCACAGUCGUGUACAUAAAAAGAAAAGACCUACAUUUCCCAAGACUCCUGGAGUUUCUUCUGUGUUUAUCUGCUCCUAUCUACAGCUGGGUUGCUGUUGCUGCUGCUCUAUGGCUGAUGUAAUGAGAACACACCACCUUCAACAGGAAAAUAAGCCUAAUAUGUGAACCAGUUUCAAUCAAAAUAAACUGUCUGUGAAUAUGUUUCAAAUAGAAA